UUAAGAAUCAUUAUGAUUGGUCAGUAUGGAACUAGAUUCUCGAAUCUUAAUUUUAGAGAAAAUAUUAAUUGAAAUUCCAAGUAUCAGUUAAUUAAGUAGGACUAGAAAGUCAAGUAUUUGGUACGGGGAUGAAGAAUGCGAACUAAUGUUUAUUUCUUGAGCCCAUCAUACAUACAUUGCUUUCUAAUUGAAAAGAUAAACGCCGUACACAUGAUAAUUAAAAUCUGCAGAAUCAGUUAAAAAUCCUUAUAAUGGUCAAUAAAGGAAAACUAUCUUUAGCUUUUUGAAAUUUAGAGAUAAAGAAUAUAUGCCCAAUUCUUGGUGCGUAAAUUAAACUAUAAUUAAGAAUGGUAGUCGUGAAAAACGUUGUAAAUUAAAAUACUGACUGUUGGCCCCUCCACUCCACUUUCACAACACCAUAUUAUGUUGUUUUAAAAUUAACCUCUUCUACAUUAUUUUCACUAUAAAUAACGUAAGAAACAAGUGUUGGUUACAAAUCAAGUGAGUACAGUGAAACAUGAUUAACCUCACGGAAGAAGAUGCUGGCUUAGCUAUGCUAGAGAAGUUGACGUCCAACGUGAAGCAAAUACAAGAUGCGGUACUGAAAGAGAUACUAACAUGUGAUGCCAACACGGAAUACCUUCGGAGUUUUCUCCAUGGGAGUUCAGAUAAAGAGCUUUUUAAGAAGAAUGUUCCGGUAGGGGCCUAUGAAGAUUUUAAGCCAUACAUUGAGCGUGUCGUGAACGGCGAGCCAUCAGAGAUCAUUUCGGGCAAGCCUAUUACUGGAUUCAUACUAACGUCUGGAACUUCAGGAGGAAAACAGAAGUUGAUACCUUUGAAUAACAAGUACUUGGAGAACGCUAGAUUAUUAUUUGAUCUUCGAUACCUCGUAUUAUCCAAGCAUGUUGAUGGUCACAACGAAGGAAAAGGGCUGCAUCUCAUCUUCCUUAAACCAGCUUCCAAAACUCCAUCUGGUUUGCCAGCUUCAUAUGCUACUACACAUUUCAUGAAAAGCGAUUAUUAUGUCAAGAACCUACCAUCAUAUUGGGAUACUUCGAGCACAAGUCCCACUGAAAUCAAAUUUUGUCCUGACAAUAAACAGAGUCUAUAUUGUCAUCUCCUUUGUGGUCUCGUACUGAGAGAUGAAGUUACAAGAGUGAGUGCUAACUUUGCUUCUAUCUUGGUUCAAGGAAUCACUUUUCUUGAAAACUUUUGGAAAGAAAUGUGCAGUAACAUACGAUCAGGUCAGCUAAGUGAUUGGAUCACGGAUAGCUGCAAGGGUUCUGUUUCCAUGAUACUUGGAGGAACUAAUCCUCAGCUGGCAGAUAUAAUAGAAGACAUAUGCAACCAAAAAUCAUGGAAAGGUAUUAUUCCACAGCUUUGGCCGAAAACUAAAUAUAUCGAAUGCAUUGUUACAGGACAGAUGGCUCAACAUGUUCCUUUAUUGGAGUUUUAUGUCAAUGAUCUGCCUCUUGUUUCCCCAAAUUAUGCCUCUUCUGAAGCCAUGUUUGGGGUAAAUUUGGAUCCUCUAUGCAAACCACAAGAUGUCUCCUAUACAUUUCUGCCGAACAUGUCAUACUUCGAGUUUAUACCGGUUGGUGAAGGAAAAGACACAAUUGUUGAUCUUGUGAACGUAAAGUUAGGUCUCUACUAUGAACUUGUUGUCACUAAUUAUGCUGGUUUACACCGUUAUAGGGUGGGUGACGUUCUACAGGUGACUGGAUUUUACAAUAGCGCACCACAGUUUAAAUUUAUAAGGAGACAAAAUACUGUCUUAAGUGUUUAUUUGGAGGCAACAACAGAAGAAGACCUUUUAAAAGGAGUGACUCGUGCGUCACAAGUACUUAAAUCUUCAGAUAUAAUGCUGAGGGAUUUCACAUGCUAUCCUCAUGUCUCUGACGCUCCAGGUCACUAUGUUCUUUAUUGGGAACUCAAAGGCAACAACGAUGAUGGCAUUAGUGAGAUUGGCACCAAUAUGUUGGUGGAAUGUUGCUCCGUAGUAGAGGAAUCACUUGGUGCUCUUUACAAGAGAUAUCGAAGCAAGGAGAGAUCUAUUGGAGCUUUAGAGAUAAGGGUGGUUCAACAAGGAACAUUUGAUGCUCUCAUGGAAUAUUUCAUUUCUCAAGGUGCUUCUCUAGCUCAAUACAAGACACCUAGAUGCAUAAAAUCUUCUGAGGCUUUACAAGUUCUUGAAAACAGGGUUCUUGCUCGUUUUUUCAGCGAGAAAUUACCUUAAUGUUAGUCAGGCGCAUCUUCUACAUUUUCAUAAUAAUCUCUAUAUUGUACUAAAAUCUCGAGGGAAAUAUUAUAUAUUUCUUAUUUCUAUUUGUAUUGGAUUUUAAGGCAUAUAUAAAAGAAUUUAUAGGUUUGUUUUCUUUAUUCAGUUAUUGGUUUUUUUUAAGCUUUUAUUCAGUUAUUGUU